AUGAAUUUGUUAAAAAAUAUGACGUCGAUGUCAAGCCUUCGGGAGAUAAAGCCCUUUCCGUUGAUGGAAAAAUCAUCCAGGUUGUUUCUCACCGUAACCCAGCUAACCUCCAAUGGAAGUAAGGACUUGGGUAUCGAUCUCGUGAUCAAAGGAACUGAAGUGUUUGUGGAUAGAGAAGGUGCUGGAAAGCACAUUCAGGCUGCAGCCAAGAAGGUUCUGAUUACUGCAUCGGGCAAAGGCGAUAUCCCGACCUACAUGGUCGGAGUCCAUGCUGAUGCUUAUGAUCCAGACGAGCCGAUCAUCAGCAACGCUUCUUGCACGACCAACUGUCUCGCCCCAUUCGUCAAGAUGUUGGAUCAAUGUCGAACAUGCAUCAUAAAGGGUACAAUGACAACAACUCACUCCUACAUUGGUGACCAGAGGCUCCUCGACACGAGCCAGCAUGAUCUAAGGAGAGCAAGAGCCGCAACAUUGAACAUAGUCCCGACUUCAACGGGAGCAACCAAGGCCGUGGCCCUUGUUCUCCCGAACCUCAAGGGAAAACUCAAUGGGAUCGCUCUCCGGGUCCCGACACCGAAUGUAUCGGUAGUGGACCUAGUCGUGCAGGUCUCGAAGAAGACGUUUGCGAAGGAAGUGAACGCCGUUUUUAGGGAAGAGGCCAAGAAAGAGCUGAAGAGGAUACCGGAAGUUUGCGAUGAGCCGCUAGUGUCGGUGGAUUUCAGGUGCAGCGACGUAUCGUCAACGGUUGACUCGUCGUUGUGGUGA